AUGGCGCAGAGGGGCGGUCAAGUCCACACGCCGGGGCUGGUGGUGCCGCGCAUGUCCAUGUGCAAGGAGCUGGUGGAGCUGCUGUCGGACUGGUCCCAGCGCCUGAUCCGCCUGCCCCAGGCGGCCGACAUCGAGGUCCCCGCCUUCAAGUCCGAUGUGGAGGGUGUGGAGCCUGUGGCCGCAGCACUGGAGACGGCGCACCGCGCGGUGUAUCGCUGCCGCAGCCUAGGGGUGGUGUCGGCGGAGGAGCUCGCGAAGCUGAGCCGGCCCGCCAUGUGCCUGCAGGUGGAGGUCGGCUUUUCGCCCCUCAUAGAUUUGGAGGAAGAGCUCACGGACACGGGGCUCCUCUCCCUCUUGGACAUGCCUUCGGGCGUUCUUUGGGCCAUCCAGGACGUGCACGCCCUGCACAGCGCCGCCCUGAACAAGUCCGACGGGGUGCUGGUGGUGGUUGAUGCCUCGAAGCACGACGUGCCGCA